UAGGUACCUACCCAACCCCUCCUUCCUGUACGUCUCGACUGGCAUCGUGAAGUCAGAACAGCAGGCUUCACCGCUGCCACUUCCGAUAGAGAUGAAGACUCCACUCCUCCUCCGCAUCCUCUGCGUCCUCGCAACAUUCGCAUCACCAUCCGCCGCCCUCUCCGCCGCCAACAGCAACUCGACCGAUCUCGUAUCAUGCGUAUACCCCGUGAGCGGCAGCUACGGCCUGCUCCCGCGCUGCCUCUUCUACGUAACCCUCGUCUUCGCCGUAGUCGGCGCCCACCGCUGGCUCGUCGUCGGCUGCCUACUAUCCUCGAUGACGACCAGCUCCGUGGGUGCAUUCCACGCGAUGGUGCUGGGCCACGACGGCAAUAACCCGUCCGUCAUCGACCUCGACGCACGCGUGCUCCUCGUCCUCUUGUCCACCUGUGUACUGUGCUUCUGCCCACUGAUCCAGUGGGCGCCUGCGCUGCGCAACCCCGCGGGCCGACGGAUAUUCGAGAUAUGGGGGCUCCUGAUAUGGGCGGGGGAGAUGUGCUGCAUCGUGGUGUAUCUACUGCAAAUUUUAGCCGGAGACUCCGCCGAUCAGAAGAGCAGCGAGGUAGCGUGUCGAGGUGCCGACGGACAACUAUUACGCACGCCCCUGGACAUCGCGGUAUCGGGCUCUGACUGCAGCUACGAGUGCUUCAGCCGUGGUUCAGUCCUGCGCGGUUCCUUGGAGGUGCUCGUGGUCCCCAUCGCCAUGCUCGACGGCGCGCUGCAGAAAAAAGCGCUCAUAUUCACGACCGCGCUUACGCUGCUGGCGAUGGUCGGAAUGCCAGUGUACGCAGUUCACGCGCGUAACGCGCUGGUGAUAAACUUCCAGAAGAUACGGAUCCUAUCCUCGCUCGGAGAGGACAUAAAGGACAUCUCGGAGACCAGGCUGAACCACCUCAAGAUGGACAAGUCGAAGAUCUUUAAUCGCAUCUGCUUCGCGGCACUCAUCGCCGUGAUCAUCCUCAACGAAUAUAUCUUUGCUACUAUGAGCGGCGGCUUGCCGAGCUUCGAUCCAAUGUUUUCGAUCGGCCAGUGGGAGCCGUGGGUGAAGGCUGGCGUCCUCAUGGGCGCGGCGUUGGUCAAUGGGAUAAUGGAAGAGUCCGGGGACACCAGGCGGCGGAGGACUAGGAGAUCGGGGAAUGCCGAGAAAAGUUUGGCUUGAUUGGGAUCGUUAGUUGAAGCUUAGUGUCCGUCCGGCGGCUUUAGUUUAGGAGCCUGGAAUGGAAUGGAAAACAAUGACUGAGCUGGAGUACUAGUACUAGUACCAAGUUUGAAGAUUCGUGG